CCAAUUGACAAGUCUGAUCUCGAGCAGCACGGAAACGCCUUUCCAAUGAGAAAUGCCAAUGGCUGCAUUUGCCUUGGAUGUUGUGCUCUGAGCAUCGGACCCACAACGUAAGAAAUAAAUAAAACCAAACACUAGUCCUCCUCUUUGUCCUGGCACUUGAAACGCAUCAGCAGCUUUAUAGAGAAAAUUUCCUAUUUGUCAAGGCUUUAUUUUUCAAUCAACAUGUCUUUCAGUGUCGAUUCAACUUUUUCGAUAUAAAAUUUGGAAAAUGUUUUCACAAAAUUUUCUGUGUAAAAUUCAUUAUUUGCCAAAAUUGUCUGCAGUUCAUGGCCUCACCACGAAAACAUUGGCAACGCCACAACCAGCGAAGUCCAGGCGAAACUUUGCCACAGUACCACCGACCGCGAGAAUAGGUGGGCCACAAAUACAAGGCGGCGGCAGCCCAAAGAAGCCAACAAUGACAACAUUAGGCGGCUUACGUGAAUUCCUACUACAUCCACUCACUUGGGAUCGCAACAACGGUUACUUCAAUAUAUUACUUGGCUUGGCCAUUUUUGGGUAUUGUUUCUGCACCGCCUGUAAGAGCGAAGGGCCGCGCACAGUUUCGUAUGAACAAAGAGGAAAGAAAUAAAAAUUAUGUAGCCACAUAAAUGGCGUUCAAAUGACCUCAAAGCAAAAACAUGAGUGGUAUUUUUCCUU